CCCGGACAACUUACACUGUGGCACGCCGGCAUACCUGAAAACAUAACACAUGCCCAAUAUUUACAGUCUAUGCACAUGCCGCAUCAGCUGCUGACUUAACUGCACCAUUAAUUAGACAGUUUAAUCGUUAUUAUGAGAGAACUUUCUUUCAUCAGACACGUUUAGUUUUUACAAUGUCGGACGUGUCAGAGAAACCUCUUCAGAACUGGAUCCUUCUGCAUCCCACCUAUCUGCAAAUGCAAAAACUCGAGGUGGAGGACAAAGAACAGAUUCAUGCAGCUUUCCUGGUGUACAUGGAUCUGACUGAGGUGCGUGGGUGGAAAGAAGUGUCUUGUGUCAAGAGUCUUGAGCUACAGCUGGUUUUACUGGAGGGGAGGGAAAAAGAAGGAGCACCUAUACAGACAGUUCUACCUCUGCCUGUUCACCGAUCUCUGACCCACAAAAGCAUUCGACAGGUGCUGGACAGAGGCUUCCCCAUGCUGCUGUGUGCUGUAGCUUCUGACUCCACUCUGGUCUACCAGAGGAUGACUGACGGGCUGGUGACCCCUGACCCUCCUGUUGGACCCUUUCAGGAUGUGGGACGCCGGCAGCAUCGCAAGAGAAGGCAGCAACACUGAGCAGCUGGACUGAGGCGACAUCUUGGCGUUGUCUGUGAACCAUAGAGGAACAGAACGGGUCAGGCAGAUCCACUGCCUGUGUCUGUCUCUGUAAGCCACACUGUACAAAGGUUUGGCUGUGCUGACUUUACAUGGCAGCAGGAGCAAACGGACAGAACCACAGAGCUCCCUGGAAAACAACACUGGCUUCAUCCAACCAGAGAAGAGUUAUUCUCAAACUCUAGAGCUUUUGCAUCUUAACUGGGACGUAGAGAGGUUAACCAAAGAGAGAUUUGAUUUAGUUUUCAAAUGACAUGAAGAGUUAGUUAUGAUGUAAAUUAUGAUUCUGUGUAUAAGUACAUCUUUUCAUCUGUUUCCCUCACCUCUGGUCUUCUGACCCCUCUGAUUGUGACGGUUCUGACAUGAAAACACACACUUACCUGUAGAAGUUUUUUCAAGGAGAGUUGUUUCUUUCAUACACUUCAUAUACACACUCCAGUUGAUCAGUGCCUUCAAGUCGAGCCUUUCACAGAAUCCCAGUGCAUCUACUUACAGUCUUCGUAUUAAUGUCCGAGGUAGCUGCAGGAAAUGAAUUGUUGUAAGUCUGUAAAAAUAAAUUAAAAUAUGAUGAGAUA